GGACAGUAUGUGGUAAACUUGACUGGACAUUGAGAGGACAAGUUACCUCAGCUUCUAGAGCGCGAGGGAAGUUCUUAAGCAGUGUAAUAAUAAUUUAGGAGUUGGUGUCAUUAUGAUCAAUGGGAAGUUGCUGUGGAUUUAACUGUUUUCACGAUCAGCUCGACCAGAAGAACUACAACAUCUGACGAACACCACAGCAACAAAGAAAGCCAACCUACUGAUAGGCUGCGGCGCUAAUGCAAGGCAUAAAUCAACGAGAGAGGCAACCAGCAAUGAAAUUGCUUGAAAAUGGACGGAACCCUCACUCCAGAAGAAUUUUCAAAAGAAUCGCAUGCAUUUUUAAAGGCGUCUGACGAAAUUGGUGAUAACUGGACACUAGUUAAGAAGUGCCAAGAAUAUGGACAAGAAUAUUUAGUAUACCGACAAAAGGUAACCAUGGAAGAACGCCUUUUUCAUUUCGAGUAUCAUGUGGCUUAUAACGUGAAUUACCAAGUUCCUGUUUUGUUUUUCAAAAUAAAUCGGGAAGAUGGAAGCAUUGUAGAUGUGGAGGAGGCAUGGGAUAUAUUUAAGAAGUCACCAGGGAUGUUAAAUGGUGAAUGUACCAACGACACUCAUCUUGACAUGUACAAAAUUUUGACACAAAUGGAGCAUCCACAAUUGUUUGUUCCCCUUCUAGCGUUACAUCCUUGUCGGACAGCUGAAAUACUUGCCAUGAAUCCUGGCAGCAAAAAUCGGAUAUUAACAUUUAUUAGUUCUGUAGGACCCUUUGUACAUCUUAACUUAGAUCCAGUAUACGGAAAAUUUUUUAAAUAAAAAUAUUUGUAUUACU